ACACUUUCACAUUCACCCCCACCCCCUCCCUCCAAUAUACCCGCACGAGGAUAAUGCUCCCUCGCUUUCUCUCCGUGAAAGCUGAAAGCUUUAUGUUCUAAAGAUUUGACUCUGCAGCUACUGGAGGAAAAUAGCAGCAAGACCCAGAAGACCAAUCUCUUGUUUUUCCAGGUGUAAAAGGUCGUUCGAAUUGAGUAAUUUCUGAGUUAUAUAUACCAGUUUAUAGUGCUAACAGGUGAUAGGAGGAGAGGGUAGUUUGAGAAUCCCAUCUGAGAUCCUUGUGAAUUUGGGGUUUUUUGGGGGAAAAAAGAUGAUGAUGUUCGAUGAGAUGGGGCUUUGUUGUGAUAUGGACUUCAUAUCUGCCCCUCUUGGGGAAGGAGAUGUGGCUGCCCCGCCACCUGAAGCAGAAGCCACAGUGGAGGAUGAUUAUACUGAUGAAGAGAUAGAUGUAGAUGAGCUUGAGAAGAGGAUGUGGAGGGACAAAAUACGUCUCAAACGGCUCAAAGAACAGAGUAAAGGCAAGGAAGGAAUUGAUAUGGCGAAGCAGCGACAGUCCCAAGAACAGGCAAGGAGGAAGAAGAUGUCCAGGGCACAAGAUGGAAUCUUGAAAUACAUGUUGAAGAUGAUGGAAGUUUGUAAAGCCCAAGGCUUUGUUUACGGAAUUAUUCCGGAAAAGGGAAAACCGGUGACUGGGGCAUCCGACAAUCUUCGUGAGUGGUGGAAGGAUAAAGUCAGGUUUGAUCGUAACGGUCCGGCUGCCAUAGCCAAGUACCAAGCAGACAAUGCGAUCCCGGGCAAGAAUGAUGGGUGUGGUUCAAUUGGUCCAACCCCGCACACGUUGCAGGAGCUUCAAGACACUACCCUUGGUUCCCUCUUGUCAGCACUCAUGCAGCAUUGCGACCCCCCUCAGAGGCGGUUUCCGUUAGAGAAAGGCGUUCCGCCGCCAUGGUGGCCCAGUGGUAAUGAGGAAUGGUGGCCUCAGCUUGGUUUGCCAAAGGAUCAAGGUCCUCCUCCUUACAAGAAGCCUCAUGACCUGAAGAAGGCAUGGAAGGUGGGUGUUCUCACGGCAGUUAUUAAGCAUAUGUCCCCUGAUAUUGCCAAGAUACGCAAGCUUGUAAGGCAGUCUAAGUGCUUGCAGGAUAAGAUGACAGCCAAGGAAAGCGCCACCUGGCUUGCCAUCAUCAACCAGGAGGAGGCCUUGGCCCGGGAGCUUUACCCUGAUUCAUGUCCGCCAUUAUCUUCUGGUGGAGGAAGUGGGUCUUUGGUCAUCAAUGAUUGCAGUGAGUAUGAUGUUGAAGGGGCUGAGGAUGAGCAGAACUUUGAUGUUCAGGAGCAGAAACCUGAGAAUCUCAAUUUGUCCGGUAUGGGAAUGGAGAGAAUGAGGGAAAGGCUGUUAGUUCGACAACUGCCUUAUCCAGUCAAGGGAGAAAUUGUCACGAAUCUAGAUUUCAUUCGGAAGAGGAAGCCAUCCAGCGAUUUAAACAUGAUAAUGGAUCAGAAAAUCUACACAUGUGAGUUUCUUCAGUGUCCUUACAGUGAAAUCCACAUGGGUUUUCGCGACAGGGCUUCUAGGGACAAUCAUCAAUUGACUUGUCCAUAUAGAAGUACUUGUUCAGAUUUUGGAGGAUCAAAUUUUCAUGUUAACGAGGUUAAGCCUGUCAUCUUCCAGCAAUCGUUUGUUCAACCAAAGCCUGCUGCUGCUGCUGCUCCGGCUGUAAACUCUGCCCCACCACCACCACCUUCCUUCGAUCUAUCAGGGCUUGGAGUUCCUGAAGAUGGGCAGAAAAUGAUCAGCGAGCUCAUGUCCAUCUACGAUACCAACGUCCAAGGCAACAAGAACGUAAAUCCCAACAACAAUGCAGUGACAGUGACAGAGAAUCUACACGUUCAAGGGGUCGCAAUGCAAGGAAACUUGUUUGAAGAAUCCAACAUGCAGCAUAAUCAUCAUCACAUGUUCCCGCGUGAAGAAAGUCAAUUCGACAGAUUCAAGGCUUCAAAUUCGCCGUUCGAGACCAACCAUAAUAGCAAUAAUCUACAAAUGGUUUUCGGGUCUCCAUUUGAUUUUGGCUUCGACUACAAAGAGGAUCAUCUGCAAGGGCUAGCAAUGGAUACACUGUCCAAGCAGCCUGAUAUUUCAAUAUGGUACCAGUGAAAAAUGGUCUUUGUUGUGUGUCUGUCUCCAGAGGAAGCAGAGUGAAACCUUCCUUGGCUGGAACUGUUGUUGUAAUGUAGCAAUGUAGGUCUAGAAUUUGUAACAUUAGCUUGCCUCCAAUGGCCCAAUAAAGAAAUGGAUAGGGCUCUAUCCUUUCCCUGUUAAUGCUAUGUAUGUCUGUCAUAUAAAUAAGUUAGGUGUUUUUUGUUUUUUUA